GUAACCAAACAAGACAUCAUUCUUGUCGCCGGGAAUUGGAUUCUUAGCUUUCCUCGGUGAUUCGGGAUUUGCAUUCCCUGAAAGGAAUUUCGCAGCAUCCACUCGAAAACCAGUUUCCGGCAACUGAAUUCCACAGUUCUCCUCCGAUCUCUUUCUUGUUUGUUUCCCGUAAUCGGUCGAAAAUGGCGAAGCGUGGAUAUAAGCUGCAGGAAUUUGUGGCUCAUUCUGCAGAUGUGAAUUGUCUAGCCAUGGGAAAGAAGGCGUGUCGGCUUUUGAUUACUGGUGGAGAUGAUUACAAGGUCAAUCUAUGGGCAAUUGGAAAGCCUACUUCGUUAAUGAGUCUUUGUGGCCAUACAAGUUCAGUUGAAUCUGUAGCUUUUGAUUCUGGAGAAGUCUUGGUGCUCGCCGGUGUAGUGGUUCGUGGUCUUACCGGACACAGAUCCAAUUGCACUGCUGUGGAAUUUCAUCCUUUUGGUGAAUUCUUUGCAUCUGGGUCUAUGGACACAAAUUUAAAGAUAUGGGAUAUCAGAAAAAAAGGAUGCACUCACACGUACAAGGGUCACACUCGAGGCAUUAGCACGAUCAGGUUCACUCCUGAUGGCCGCUGGGUAGUUUCUGGUGGAUUUGAUAAUGUUGUAAAGGUGUGGGAUCUAACUGCUGGAAAGCUAUUGCAUGAUUUUAAGUUCCAUGAAGGACAUAUCCGUUCCAUAGACUUCCAUCCCCUUGAGUUUCUCCUUGCCACAGGUGAGUAUCCUGCUUCAAUUUCAGCAACUGCACUAGGGGUUGCUUUUGAGUCUUUGGUCAUGAAUAUGAUCGGAAUCUGUUCCUUCCUCUAUUUGUUUAUUUCCUGUCUGAAAUCUCUGUUUUGACUUUCAUGCCCCUGUAGACCUUACAGAAAUAUUUAUUAGAAUACUUAUUUUGGUGGUAGAUUUUUGCAGAUUGCAAUGGUUUGAAAUGUCUGCUUUCAUUCCCUAUAUGCACUAGGCUUCAUGCUUCGCGUUCAUUCAAUAAAUUUCCUUGUCUCAG